AUGAGGGCCUUCAAAUCCGAUGAAGCCUGUUUCCGGCCCGGGAUGCACAAGACGAACACCCUCGACGUGCCCACAGCCGAACUGUCCCGCCAAAUGUCACUUGGAGACCCGAGUCCCGUAUCGGACCACUCUCCAAGCCCUCGCCAUGUCUCUCUCCUCACACUCACGCUCAAGCAGAAAAAGUCAUUAAAGUCGUCAUUCAACAACCUAAACAGCGGAGGCCAGUUCCUACGCAUCAUUGAGCAAGUUUUCCGAAGGAUGGAGAGCAAAUUCCCGGAUAUACGCUCCAUCUUCCUCACCACCGCCUUUGUCAACUCGCUCUCACGCGAGCGCGAAUCGCCACCUCUCGUCAAGACCGAGCACGACCAUUGCAAGUGUUUGGUGGGCAUGUUCGAGAGAAUCGUCGAUAAUUUGGAUGAUAUGGACAAAGAGGUGUCGUUGCUCAGGCUUUACGGCGAGAAACAUGCGCAGAUGCGCGACAGCGGCUUCACCGGCACAAUGAUCGAGACGUUUGGCGAGCUGGCGAUUGGGGUAAUUGGGGCUCAGGAAGCCGUAAAAUACAACCACGACUGUGUCAAGGCUUGGCGCUUACUUUUGGCAUAUAUCACUGAUGAGAUGAAAGUCGGCUUCGACCGCUCGAUGAAAAUCAUCGACCGCCGAAACUCGCAGGCCCAAUCGUCGCAGGACAGCUUUGGCGAGUGCCCCUAUCAGCAUAAGUUC